CCUAUACCUUGCAGUGAGUGCUGCACAACACGUGUAAGCCGCACUUUUAUUUAACUGGUGUUUUUUAAUAAUAUUCGUAAUAAUUAGACUUUAUUAAAGGCAUAUCUUUAUAUCACUGUCACUAAAAUGGGUAAAAAGACCAAAGUUGGAAAAGCGCGGAAGGAUAAGUUCUACCAACUAGCCAAGGAAACAGGGUUUCGAUCGCGUGCUGCAUUUAAGUUGGUACAACUUAAUCGUAAAUUUGGUUUCCUACAGCAAUCGCAAGUAUGUAUAGAUUUGUGUGCAGCGCCAGGAGGUUGGAUGCAAGUCGCCAAACAAAAUAUGCCUGUAUCGAGCAUUGUAGUUGGCGUUGACUUGUAUCCCAUUCGUCCAAUACCUGGCUGUAUAAGUCUUGUUGAGGACAUUACUACCGAAAAGUGUAAGCAAUCGUUGACCAAGGAAUUGCAGUCGUGGAAAGUUGAUGUUGUACUGCACGAUGGUGCGCCAAAUGUGGGUCGUAAUUGGUUAUUCGAUGCUUACCAACAAAUAUGCUUAACAUUGAAUGCGUUGAAACUUAGUACACACUUUCUACGUGGUGGCGGUUGGUUUGUUACAAAAGUGUUUCGCUCCAAGGAUUAUAACGCAUUGUUGUGGGUGUUAAAACAAUUGUUCAAAAAGGUACAUGCCACUAAACCGAGUGCCUCUCGUAAAGAAUCUGCUGAGAUAUUCAUAGUUUGUCAGGGUUAUUUAGCGCCCACAAAAAUAGAUCCACGGUUAUUAGAUCCCAAAUAUGUAUUCGAAGAAUUAGACAUCGAGGGUAAAAAGAAGAAUUCCCUUUUGCACCCUGAAAAGCAGAAGCGCGUCAAGGCUGAAGGUUACACAGAAGCUGAUAUAGCGCUACGAAACGAAUUAUCUGCUACGGAGUUUAUGCAGUCAAGCAGUGGCUUAGGUGCACUACAAAGUAUAGGUUCAAUAGUCAUCGACGAUGAGCGCAUAGCAAACCAUCCAAAAACAACACCUGAAAUUCUUGAAUGUUGCAAAGAUAUUAAAGUUCUUGGACGCAAGGAUAUUAAGGGAUUGUUGGCAUGGUGGAAGGCACUGAAAGAUGAAUUAUUUAAGACACCUGAAAAGGAGACCACCGUCAUAGAAGAGGAAGCUCCGAAGAAGGCAUUGACGCAAGAAGAAAUAGAGGAUAUGGAAGAGGAAGAACUGCAACAACAAAUAGCUGAACUUGCUCAAGACGAGCAACAUGAGAUCAAACGGAAACGGAAGAAAGAACUGCGGGCAAAACAAAAACUACAUGAGAAAAUGAAUCUAAAUAUGGUCAUCAAAGGCGAUGCUGGACCACAGGAAGAGACGGAGUUGGAAAUAUUUGAUUUAAAGAGCGUUAAAACACAACGUGAACUAGAUGAAAUGUUGGAUGUAGUGCCUGACUUUGAUGUUGAAGGUGAAGCAGUAGAAGUACCGAAAUUGCCAAAGUACAAAGCAUACGAUAAAGAUGAUAAACGCCUGGAUGAUGAUGCCAACUAUGAAAACGAUGAUGAGCCCGAUGUAUCCGCGGAUGAAGAUUCUGAAAGUGACUAUGAAAAGGAUGGCUUGGGAUUGAGCGAAGAUGAAGAUAAUACAGUUGAGUCACAAAAGAAGAAGAAACGUACCGAACAUCCACUUAUAAAAUCGGGAGACUUCAGAGAUAAGGACACAAAACGUCAACAGCGAGUGCAAUUGUGGUUCGAAAAAGACAAUCUACAACAAAUAGAUACGGAAGAUGAUGAGGAUUACGAUUUGGAUCGGUUAGCAAACGAAUAUAAGAGUAAAGGUGUAGCUGUACUCGGUGAAUCACAACAAAAUGCAGACUCGGCACAAUUACCCUUGGGCAAGAAGGCUAAGAGGCGUGCAAAACAUGAUAAUGCAAAAGAGGGAUCAAGUUCCGAAUCCAGUGAUAGCGACUCCGAUGCUACAGUAGAUGACAAUGAUGAUGAAGAUGGCGAGAAAAAAGUUGCUGGCAAUAUGGCAAAAGAACCGAAAGCGAAGAAGAUACGACUUUCCGAGGAAGAGCUUGCACUUGGAUCUAUGAUGAUUAAAGGCAAGAAAACGCGUCGCGAUCUUAUCGACAGCGCAUGGAAUCGUUAUGCCUUCAAUGAUGAAAAUCUACCACAUUGGUUCGUGCAGGACGAAGACUUGCAUAUGAGAAAACCAGUGCCAGUGCCCAACGAAAUCAUCGAGGAGUAUGAACGUAAAGUACAAGAAUUAAACGCACGCCCCAUCAAGAAGGUAAUGGAAGCUAAGGCGCGCAAGCGCAAACACGCACUCAAACGUUUAGCUAAAGCCAAGAAACAAGCUGAGAAAAUCAUGGACGACAACGAUGCGACAGCGCAAGAAAAAGCGAAGCAGCUAAGAAAGAUUUACAAGAAAGCGCAAGAGAAGAAGAAAGAAAUUACUUAUGUUGUAGCGAAGAAACAUCAAGCCACGAAACGCGCGAAACGUCCGGCAGGCUUGAAGGGACGCUACCGUGUGGUCGAUCCGCGACAAAAGAAGGACAAACGCGCAUUGAGUGCGAAAUCCAAGCGCGAGAAGAAACGCAAGGGUAAAAAAUAAAAACCAUAUUAAUAAGCUCUAAAUAAUUGCAAAUUUUUACAUAAUGAUAUGUACAGAGUUUCGUAAUAAUAGUCGUAGUUAAUAACGGAUUAAAUGUAUUUACAAAUUCAAAAA